CCCGGUGCUCAAUCUGGCAUCACUGAUGUGAAGCCGCAUGGCACGGCGAGCCUGGCUUUGUUCAUCGCGUCCCAGUUAUUUUCCAAUAAACAGUUCCUUUGUUACCGUUACGCUGGACGCGUUCAUUCAUUAAUUCUCGCGAGUCCCAUUCCUGGAGCGUGGAGACACGCGGGUGACAUUUUUUCCACAUUGGUGACCCCGACGAACGAGCUUCUACCCGGGUUCCCACAUUUUGUUAUGGCUUAUGGGUAGUGUUGCUAGCACGCAAACGAUGAGGUGUAUUACGGUUUCUCAAAUUUCUUCCAGUUCAAGGUAGACGUUGGAAUUUUUUCUUUUCUCACGAUGACCCGUCGUGAGAAGCCCGUGAUAAUGGAAGCCUGGCUUCAACGAUAACAGCUAAUUCUCUCGUAAUGAGAUAAACGGAAUAAUUCUCAAACGUAGUGAAGCUCGAGUUAGUGUUUUUCCGACGAAGAUUACGAUGUGGCCGCGAUUGAGAAGACCGUAUCGCACGUGGCCGAUCGUUCUUUCGAUUGUCAUUCUGACGGGAAUGAUUUUUAUUUGGUUUAAGAAAAACCAAGAAACCGAAGAUCGUAGCGAUUACGCUUCGUUGCGUCUGUCAGAAAAUCAAAAGGACUAUAUGGAUCAUAGAGGAAUACAUGUUGUGGUAGGACAUUAUAUUGGUGAUUCUGUAGAUCCUUUGAAAACACCUAACAUUACAAAAGACCUCAUAAAUAAAAAUAUGUUCAAUCCUCGGCCAUUCGAGGGAAAAAAUGGCAGUCCUGUUCUCGUACCGGCAAAAGAUUUUUAUAAUAUGCAACGGCUCUUUCAAAUCAAUCGAUUUAACUUGAUGGCUAGCGACAGAAUUCCGUUAAAUCGAUCUUUACCAGACGUUAGAAGAAAGGGAUGUAUAUCUAGGUAUUCAAAUUUGGGCAGUUUACCAAAAACGUCUGUAAUUGUUGUCUUCCAUAACGAAGCUUGGAGUACGUUACUCAGGACUGUACAUAGCAUUAUUAAUAGAUCACCAAGACAUUUAUUGGAGGAGAUCAUUCUUGUCGACGAUGACAGCGACAGAGAUUUUUUGAAAGAUGCGCUAGAUGAACAUGCAAAAAAUUUACGAGUAUCGACUAAAGUUUUGCGUUCGAAAAAACGCGUAGGUUUAGUAAAUGCAAGACUUUUGGGCGCAAACGAAGCUAAAGGUGAAGUUCUCACAUUCCUCGAUGCUCAUUGUGAAUGUACGGUUGGAUGGUUAGAGCCCUUGCUCGAAGCAGUCGCUAAAAACAGAACGAAAGUUGUGUCGCCUGUUAUUGAUAUAAUAAAUGACGACACGUUUAGUUAUGUUCGGUCUUUCGAGUUGCAUUGGGGAGCAUUUAAUUGGGAUUUGCAUUUUCGCUGGCUAACCCUAAAUGGCCGUCUAUUGAAAGAGAGACGCGAUAAUAUCGUUGAACCGUUCAGAACGCCCGCCAUGGCUGGUGGUUUAUUUUCCAUGAAUAAGAAGUACUUUUUCGAGUUGGGUAGCUACGACGAACAGAUGAGGAUUUGGGGCGGUGAAAAUUUGGAGUUAUCGUUUCGGGUGUGGCAGUGUGGCGGUAGCAUUGAAAUUGCUCCUUGCUCUCACGUGGGGCAUUUAUUUCGAAAAUCGUCGCCGUACACUUUUCCAGGCGGGGUCGGAGAAAUACUAUACGGAAAUCUUGCUCGAGUUGCUCUAGUUUGGAUGGACGAUUGGGCAAAAUUUUAUUUCAAGUUUAAUCCAGAAGCGGGGAGAUUGAGGGACAAACAACCGGUUCGUUCCAGAUUAGCUCUGCGCAAAAAAUUGCAAUGCAAGAGCUUUGAAUGGUACUUGGAUAAUGUAUGGCCGGAACACUUUUUUCCAAAAAACGAUCGAUUCUUUGGGCGGAUUGUGCAUGUUUCGACGAAAAGAUGUAUUAUGCGGCCGACUGGGAAAGGCACGUAUUCACAACCUUCGGGAUACGCAGUUCUCGAAUCUUGUAUACCACGACCAAUUCUCAGUCAAAUGUUCGUAAUGACAAAAAAUGGAAUUGUAAUGACCGAUGAAAGUGUUUGCUUAGAUGCCCCUGAGCACGAUUUUGAGCACAAGACACCAAAGGUUAAGAUAAUGGCAUGCAGUGGCCAUAACAAGCAAAGAUGGCAGUACAACGAGCAACUUUCCUUCAGACAAAAACAUUUUUACACGUAUCUUCCGGCAUGUGUCUACAAUCGAAUAACGACGAGGGUCCUGUAAUAGCUGCCUGCACAAAAAACGUUAAUCAACAGUGGAUGCUAGAAUCAAUUCCAUGGAAAUAAUAAUACCAGUAUUGUUCUUUUUUUUUUAUAUAUAUUAAAUAUUAUUGAGAAACGCGACGACACAUUAUCAAAAUAGUGUUGCAGAAAAUAUAGAAACAAUAUUUUUCUAGAUACUUUUACAAAAAUGUAUCGCUUGCUCGAUUCUCUCUUUCGUACAUGUGAAUGUUUAAUCCAUUGUAAAUAAAUGUAAGCGAGACUUACAUAGAGUUAUAAGUUAGCGUUAAGAAAUUACUUUUGCUAUUUUUAUUCUCGUGUAACGUUUUAGAUGCAAUUAUAUUUAUAUUUAUAUUGUAAGGUAAUUACGGUUACACGUAAAAAUCGCGACGAAUCCCUUGUGUAAUAAAAGGAAUGGAAAUCAACAAGAUAGAAGUGUAAUCGAUCGACCGAUUUGGUGGCGUCUGAAACGAACACACGUGUCUAGCGUACAUUUCUUCGCGGACUAAUUUAGAAAUUCCUUAAACAGGUAAUUUGUUGUUAAUCAUCUAAGAAGAUGAUGUUCAUAGUCGGUGAUUCAUAAAACGGCUAAGGUUACACGUGACGAUUCAUUAUUAUCAUCGCCGCGAAGGUUGUCCUGUUGUCGACACAUUACGCGUAUACGUUGCAUAUUGAGAUUUCAAUACAUAUUAAGCGAAUGUUUCUAGAUUUGAAA